CUGCAGGAUCUAACUCUAUGGCAUGGGUGAAGAUGUUUAAGAAGCCUGGCGGAGGAGGCCUAAAGAAGUCCUACCAGCCAGGCAGCAUGUUAUCUCUGGCGCUCACCAAAGGCCUCCUGAAUGAACCUGGGCAAAAUAGCUGCUUCUUGAACAGUGCUGUUCAGGUGCUUUGGCAGCUCGACAUUUUCAGAAGAAGUCUGAGGCACCUCUCAGGGCACUUUUGUCUGGGUGAUUCCUGCAUUUUCUGUGCAUUGAAGAGCAUAUUCAGCCAGUUCCAGCAAAGUCGUGAGCGCGUGCUACCCUCAGACAGUUUGCGUAACGCCCUCGCUGAAACCUUCAAAGACGAGCAACGCUUCCAACUCGGCCUCAUGGACGACGCUGCCGAGUGCUUUGAGAAUAUCCUCGAGCGAAUUCAUCUGCACAUCGUCUCAGACACGGCCACCGAGUCCUGCUCGUCCAAAUCUUGCAUCACCCACCAGAAAUUUGCCAUGAUGCUUUACGAGCAGUUUGUGUGUCGGUGCUGCGGGGCGUCGUCGGACCCCCACCCUUUCACAGAGUUGGUACACUACGUUUCGACGACUGCUCUAUGCCAACAGAUGGAUCGCACAAUGGCGAAGGCCGAGCGUCUCAGGUCGGACAUGUUUGGAGAAUUGCUGCAGGCGGCAAACAACACAGGCGACCUACGUAGCUGCCCCAGAGACUGCGGUCAAAGCAUCAAGAUCCGUCGGGUACUCAUGAACUGUCCGGAGAUUGUCACCAUCGGAUUCGUUUGGGACGCUGAGCAAUCCGAUUUGACGGACGAUGUCAUCCGCUCGCUUGGCCCACGAUUGAAUUUGUGUGGACUUUUCAACCGCGUCACGGAUGAAAACGCCAAACGGAGCGAGCUCCAUUUGGUGGGAAUGAUUUGUUUCUCCAGCAAACACUAUUCAGCCUUUGCCUAUCACACCAAAUCUUCCAAAUGGAUGUUUUUUGAUGACGCCACUGUAAAAGAGAUUGGCUCUAAAUGGAAAGAUGUGACUUCUAAAUGCGUCAGGGGACAUUUUCAACCACUUCUUCUGUUUUACACUAAUCCUGAGGGGACGCCGGUAUCUAACGAGGAUGCGCCGAGGCAGACCACCAUGUGUCCUCGAUACAAAGGUCAAGUCAACGGUGAGACGUCAGUAAAAAAUCCCCUUGGCAGUCCAAGCAGAUUCCAGGAAGCUUUUAUGGAAACUUUUCAGAGAGUCGGUGAAACCACAAAAAAGGACAGAGGGCACACAAGAAUUGAUGCAUCACAACCCAAAGACAUGACCCACACAAGAUCCUCGUCUCCUCCUGAAAAUGGCCCGAGGGAGCAAAAAUAUAAAAGCUACUACCCCCGCAUGGACAAGUCAGCCAGUUAUUCGGGCAGACCCUCCCAGGAAGCCCGCGGGCAGUCCCGACCCACGCAAGCCGGCAGGAAGAGCCAUCUCUCGCCCAGUCGCUCCGAUCAGGACAGCUCCCGGGAUCAAUGGGAAAACGGCGGGAGCGGAGGAAGUCGGAAUAAGUGUAAAUCCAUUUGGAGACCCGUCCGCGAGGUGCUAAACGUGGACACUGUACUCAACGAGCUGGAGCAACGUCGUCAACAGCAACACGACAGCCCUCGACGCGCCAAGACGGAACAAAGUCGGGAGUACGCGCGAACCAGGGAUGAUCGCAAGCAGAAGUGUCUGAUGACCAUUUACGAGGACGAGCAGCGUCACGAGACGGAGAGCCACAGCUCGGUGGAGUCGGACAGCAGGGCCACGCAGCAGAGGGGCGGAAGGUUGACGGGGGGCGCCAAGACGCUGCUGCGGAGCGACACCUGGACCAUACAGAGAACCGAGUCGGGAUACGAGAGCAGCGACCGGCUCAGCAGCGGAUCCACCAAUCCUGACUCGCCGGGCGUCGACGGGUUUGCGGUUAAAGAGCAGAGGUCGGCCACGGAAACACAGUUCCAAAGCCAUCUUCACCCAAAGGCAGGCGAUGCAAAAUCCAGCGUGCCGUCCUCACCGUCACACAAUGGCAAACAUCAGGCUAAAUCUCAGGGAAAGAAUCACGAGCAGGUUUCACAUUCACAUCUUAAAUGCAGCCCGGGUUCAAGGCGUAAAUGCAAGUACACGUCGUCCAGUACUUGCAGAAAACCUUGCGAGCGGGAGUGCCUGGCUGCGGAUGACAGGCAGAGUGAGCAGCAGGAGCUGACAAGCGGUCGAGGCCACGCGGGGGAGUGCUCGGCCUCGAGGCACAUCACCAAGACCAGCAGCUCCGAGUGGAACAGCUCAGACGACCUCGCCCUCUCCGAGCCCGAGGACAGAGACUCUUGCCGCUCCGGCGACGCCGCCGCGUCCGACCCGCAGUGUCCUCACGUCCCCCCGGCGUAUCGCCACUCUCCCGGCAACGACCCCCAGCGGCAGCUCGGAGCGCCGGGUUCGGCCUCGCCUCACCUUCGACCCGGCCAGCGGCUGUCGCCUCAUCAGGACGAACCGAGCGACGCCGCUUUCCGGCCCAGGACGCUUCAAGAACCCUUCCAGGCAAGCCCUCGUCACAGGAAACCCGAUAUCUCCGGCCUGCGGACGUUCUCGGACGCCAGUUCCAAGUCGGGCUCCGACCCGGAGAGGAGCACGCCGUCGUCGUGCGAGAGCGAUGACAGACCCGUGGCGGGGUGCCGAGCGGAGCGGGCCCCCAGCACUCAGGAGGUUUCUCUCACCACCUACUUCAACGUGGACAACUGCAUGACGGAAACGUACCGCCUCAAGUACCACAACCAGAGGCCUCUGCUGCUGUCGGCCACGGUGCCGCGAGCCGCGGGCCCGUCUGAGCGCAGGGACGCCGCCUCGCACAGCCUCUCGACUGACACGCAAGAUGCGUCCAAAGCCAAACCUGAAUCAAGCAAUACGAGCAAUAAACCUACCGCAAAAUGGAACCCAGUGACAACCAAAGGUUUGGAUGAACGAGGCUUUUUAUAAGUCGACCUGUAUUAUUAUUUUUUUGGUUUACAUGCAUUUACUGUGCAGUCAUAUGAGAUUGAAAAUGAAUGCCAAAGAGUUUACAGGGGUGGAUAUAAACGACGUGGACAAAAGUGUCGGGACACCAUGUUGUCACACCUGCAGGGAAUGAAAAUGUGCUGCUCGAAAGCGUCAGAGGGUGUCACAAUAUUGGACUUGGCAACAAGUUGGUGCGGAUGUUAUUGAGCUCAAAUACACACUGACCUUAAGUGGGAUACACACAAAACAAGGUCAGCAAAGAGCAGUAAGCACACACUUUUUCCCGUUAUAUACGGGGGGAGGGACUCACAUUUAACAGUUGAGAAUGCUAAAAAUAAAUCAAUCCAUCGUGAGAUAUGUUGUCAGGUUUAAUGUUAUCUCGGAUCCGGCGGUCAAUUGCAAAGUCGACACUAUCGCAGUUUUUACGACAUUGACCGGUCACAUUGUGUCACUCCCCCUUAUCGCUUCGUCCAAAAUGGCGCCACUUUAUCGCUUCUUUUAAUGACCUGCCUGCGUUAAUGAGUGACGGACGAUCAUGCCGAUGUGUCAAUAACGAUUUUAGCGAUUAAAAAUAGAUUUCAAAGCCUCCAUGUUGGGGCUAUGUACAAAUAAGUUGCAUGCCAGCAGCCCACAAACGAUGCAACUUUUUUUUUUUUUUCCAUUGUUCUCCUGAUCCUCACAUAUUCAAUUAUACUUUCUUAUGUUUUUGGUGUGAAGACGUUUGCUAAAUAACACCAAUGAAAUUCAUACGCCAAUCCGAUGUCAUGCGGGGAGAUAAAAAUCCCAGUGUCCCCAAAUUCUCCAAAUGUGCAUGUGGCCUUUACCAAGUCUUACUAUUUUGCCUGUUACAGCAGAAGCAUGCGCAUGAAAAAAGUCCCAAACAACAUAAACUAUCUAAUAUUUAUUCAAACGUACUAAUCCGAUUGCUGUUUGUAAUUUCAAUUCAUUUUUUUUUUUUAAAUCACUUGAAUGUUCUCAGUCUCUCGUUUAUACUUAUGCAUCUAUUGUAAAUAUGACCGUAUGAAGCAAAUAAUGGACUUUUCCGGACUUAUACUAUGCAUUAAGCUGAUAAGGUUAUUUUGACAUUUGUAAAAAUUUUGUUACAUCUGUAGCCUCCCAGAACGUAUGUAAAAACAAUAUGUACACUCAUCGAACGCAUCAUUAGGUACACUUGGGUCGGAUUCUAACUCUAAAUCGUGUGCGCUUGUGUCCUUGGGCAAGACACUUGACAUACGAGCCGAUUGUGCUGGUGUGCUUCUACUAAUGGGUCGAUUGUUCCCUUUGUGCUGUUUUAGUGGAUUAUUAGAGCCAUCGUUAGACACACCGAUAAUGAUGUAGCACCUUCAUGAUGUUUUUCCCUCCUUUGUGUACAGAAUUGGAUUACACUUUCUUGUAUUUUA